AUGUCGCGAAACGGGCAACAUCAGAAAAAUGAACCGUAAGUCGUUUAUGUUUUUAAAUUUAAUAAGUUUACGAAUUUCCAGGAGGAAAGUAGAUUUCAUGUUGAAACCACGAUUCACAAAUACUCUGCCCGAUAUUCCUUUUGAUGGAAAGUUUAUGCCAUGUCCGUUUGUUCCAAUUUCAAGAUUUUACGAAUAUAAAGAAUCUACACUAGAGAAAGAAUAUAAACACAACGUAGUUUGUGAUGAAGACAUGGGUUUGAAUGUGGAUUUAAUUGAUAUUGUACAAUAUGAUGAAGAUAAAGAUCCACAACCAUUCGAUGAAAAAGAUCAGAUUCUAUUAGAAGAUGAAACUGUUUCGAAAAUAAAUCAGAAACGUUCUGCACAGCAUUCGUUACUUGUACCAUGGAUGAGAAAAACUGAAUAUAUUUCUACAGAAUAUAAUCGAUUCGGGUUGCACGCAGACAGACAAGAAACAAAACUAGGUUAUAAUUUGAAAAAGAAUCAACAAGUCGAUGAUAUGUACAGAGAUAGGCAAAGUCAGAUUGAUGCUAUAAAUAAAACAUUUGAAGAUGUCAAAAAACCGAUUACCAAACAUUAUAAUAAGAAAGGAGUUCAUGCGGUCGAAGAAUGUUUCGUUUUCCCAGAUUUUGAGGUGAGUAGAACAAAACUGAAAAUUGUUCAUUUUUUCAUGUUUUUUUCAGAACUGGCGAAAUAUGUUGGCAUAUGUUCAAUUUGACGGAGAACUUGCUAAUACUAGUUUACCGGUAGAAUUGAAGAAAAUCGCAUCUGAAAAAGCAGUUAUUCGAGGAAUGCAAUGUGAUAAUGAACAUUUUGCUGCACUUUUCACACCAACUUUAGAAACAAUUCAAAAAGAUUUGGAAGAUGUUGAAGCUGGAAGACGAUAUGAUGAAGAUGAAAAAUAUGAAUAUAAUCUGAAUCGAGAAUUCACAUGGAAAUUAGAAUCAAGUUCUGAUAAAACGGACAAGGUAAAAAAAUAUAUACUUGGAUUGUUAAAAUUCUUACUUUAAUAAUUUCAGGAUAACUUUGUUGCUCAUUGGAAAGAUGGAGAAGUUCGGUAUAAUGAGAUUGAUUCUCAUAUCAAAAUGCAACGUCGGCGAAAAAUGUGGAUGAGUAAAAAAUCAAAAUUGACAAUCACUUAUCGAGAAUUUGAUGAAAAUGAAAUCGCAAAUAUGGAAACUCGAUUCGAAAAUCUAUUCAAGCCACCACAAAAAUAUGUUCAAGAAGAAGGAGUAAAAGAAGAAGAUGAAAACGAAAGUGGUUAGUUUAGCUGGAAAAGUUUAUGAUUUAUAGUUUGAAUAAUUUAAUAAUUGUAGGAAGUGGAUCGGAUUCUGAAAAUGACACAAAAUCGAAAAAGAAGAGUAAGAAAGAUGGAAGUAGUGAUAGUAGCAAAGAUAGUAGUAGUGCAGGCGAAGACAGUUCUGAUGAUGAAAAGGUUAGUUUGAAAGUUAGUUCGUGAAAUUAUAAAAUGAUAGUUUUUUUAUAAUUUAUAAGUGUUGGUUAUUUCUGAGUUAUCACACGUUUUUAAAUUUUUUUUAAAUUAUAAUCAAUUCCAUAUAUUUUCUCAUUCAAAUCUCAUUUCAGAGUAAAAGGCCUUCGAAAAAAGAAGUGACAAGUGAUGAGGAUAGCGAUUGA